AUGGAGACCAAGUUCGAAAAGUUGCCGCAAUAUGACGAGGACCGCUCUGUCUCCGACUCAAACAGUCUAUUUUCUGAGUCCAAAGGUCUAAUGGGAGAAGAAACGACCAUUCUCCCAAGAAAACGGUCCUGGACACAAUGGGCUUUGCCCGCAGCACAUCUUGCACUCUUUCUACUUUACACAUCAGUCUUUUUCUUCUUUCUGCGGCAAGUCCAAAAAAUAGAGAAACAGAACCAGCAUGUGCUCUUCUCACCUGCACAGGAGGCUGUCAAGUUAGAGGCAAUGGAGUUUCAGGGCCAGCUACGAAUCAUCAGCCCAUACCAGGGUGAUCCAAGUCCCGAACUAGAUCAGGCCUGGAAAGACCUCCUACAAUACUCCAACAUCUGGGUGACAGGCGAAGAGUUAUCCAAAAUCAACAAGACCUCUAUUCCAGUACCCGACGAAGAAGACAAGUAUUGGGUUGAGCUAAGUGUCGUUCACGAGUUGCAUUGCAUUAAACGCCUCCGCCAAUACAUCCACUCCGACUAUUAUUUUGCCAAUAUCUCCGCAGAGGACCGUCGUCUUAAUGACCUCCACACUGACCAUUGCUUGGAGAUCCUGAGGCAGAGCGUCAUGUGUCACGCUGACAUAUCCAUGAUCACCAUGACCUGGGAAUCCACCAGCAAGUACCCUGCAGCGGACUUCCAGAAUGAGCAUGAGUGUAAGAACUGGGAUACGCUUUACGAGUGGCAGAAGGAACGCUCGGUCGAUAUGAUGAAGCCAGGGUUCUUGGUCCACCCUUAUCUAGGCGUGCCAUUCCCUGACGGUUACUACCAUGGAAUAGGCGCCGCAGAUCCAGAGAAUGCCAUAGGGGAUGGCGGGGAGGAUAUGGAAUAA